AUGAAUGAGGACGAGCCAUCAAACAAGAAAAGAAAACUCGCGGAAGACGAAAAGGAUGAGUUCAGCUCAGCAAGCGAUGAAACCCGCGAAGAUGGAGAGCUUCCAGACUCCGACGAAGAAAAUGAUGUUCCGUUGAACAGAUCCACUCCCUCUCGAAAUAAAUCCACAGAACAAGUUCCCAGCGCCAGCAACAGUUCAAAGCCGCCAUCAUCAUCGUCUCCGUCGAUGCGAGCACCGAUAACACUGCCCGUCAAAUGCCCCGUCCCCGGAGUCAGUGGAGCUCUUCGCCUGCCCGUUCUAUUGCCACUUCCGCAAAUGUCCACUCCCAAGCCAAAGUCCUGCCCUGUUGUCCUCCCUUUUCUCCCUCACAUGAUGAAAGUGAGUGACGGUGCACCGCCGAUUCCACUUCCCAAACCCCCUCGAACAGAAGAAGAAAAGAACGCGAAGGAGUUAGAAGAAUGUUAUUCGAAAACGUACUCCGCGGAGAACUCCGAAGCCUCGGACAUGGAAAUUUCGGACACGGAAACAGAGACCUUCCCAGAAACAGAAACAACCGAAUCGCAAAUGUCAACAACUCAAGUCGACUCGAUCGACAUACCAACAGGCGUCAACUCUGAACCAUCAACAGGAGAGCUUCAAAGAACAGUGAUUGAAAAUCCUAACUUCAAAAACUCAUCGAAUCAAGAACCAAAGAACGAAUCGGACGACCAAAUGAAUGAAGAUCGUGAAUCCGAAAACGACGAGCCAGAAAAAGAGAACGAAGAAAAUGUCGAAUAUGAAUACUACACGAAAGAAAUUGUGCGUCACCGUUACGGCACCUGGGUCGAUUCAAAAGACCCAAUUCCAGAUGGAUGGACGGUAAUUAAUCAUCACAGCGGAUUUCCUGUUUACAUGCAUAAAGAGACCAGAAUCGUCACAUGGUCCAGGCCGUAUUACAUCGGAUCGAGUAAUGCGAAAAGCCACAAAGUGCCUCUUAGCGCAAUCCCGUGUCUAGCCUAUUCAAAAAGAACAAAACCGGAAGAAACUGAAGUCGAAAAAACUUGCGAAAAGACUGCCGAAAAUCCUGAAAAUGUAACUGAAGGAAAAGAAACGGAACAUGAGAAUGAGGAAGAAAGUCAAAUUCGAGCAAAAGUCAUCAACGCAGAAGCCGAGCAACUGGAUAAUCAGCAGAUAAAAGAAUACGUGAAAAAGCGAUUCGAGUACGUUGAAAUUCAAGGACGACGAUACAAGAAUCAAGAAGCCUACAACAUGUCCAUUGUCCGAAGAAGAAGGGAGAGAGAGGAAAAUAGGCGGACUUAUAGAGAAGAAAGAAAGCAGCGAAAGAAGGCGAGGCAAGAAGAGAACUCGGACGAAAGAGAUGAUCAGGAUUUGCCGACGCUGGUAAAAACAUGCAUCGAGUUCAAGUCGAAGGAUUUGAAGGGAAGACCGGGCAAAAAUAUGACGCUUUAUCUCCAAGGAAAAACGACAGUGACGAUUCUCCACGAAUACUGCAACAGAGCCCUCAAGGUUCAUCCUCAAUACGAAGAUGCUCGCGAUGAACUGAUGGGUGCGGAUGGAUGUAAAUACGUAGUGAAAAUCGACGGGAAAGAAUAUGGCUCUGGCGAAGGUGCAAAUCGAACGAUUGCAAAAAAUAUCGCGGCGUUGGAGACUCUCAAGUUGUUAAUUCCCGACUUUGAGCCAGACGAUAAGUUCAUGCUCACGGGUCGAGCGGAGCAAGACUAUGCUUAUUUCAAUCACUUAUCGAUCACAGACAAUCGUCUUCAUCAACUUUGCGCGCAAGCAGGUAUCCCCGCGCCGUACCAAUUUCUAAAAGACGUUAUUCACAAAAUUCAUGGCCCCGCCGGUGCCGAGGAAAAACUCGACAUCAAGAGCACGAAUCCAAACAACACGACUUUUACGUACACCCUCGGAACUGACGUUGUAGAGGGAAGAGCAAGAUCGAAGAAAAAUGCAAAACAUAUUGCCGCUCAGGCAAUGCUGGCGAAACUUCAUCCAGAAUUCAAGACGUGGGGCGAUCUUUUGCAGCACUAUAAGGACUUAGAAAAAGGAAAAUCAGACACGAGGACAUUCCAAAGCGAUAAAAACGAUGAUGAGGAGCAAAUAACGACCCUGUUCAAAGAGAAAAAUAGAGGACCAAAUGAAGCGCUUCUGGCGAAACUUCGCGAAAUGAUGCAAAAAGUCUCGAAAGAAAAUGAGAGUCGAUUUGCAGAAAGUGAUAGAAUAGCGCCACUGUUUUGCGAAAACAGGGUUCAACUGAACUCGAAUUUCUAG